CAGCAUUAAUAGCUGUGUUCAACACAUUUUAAUUUUAUUACUCCUUAAUUUAAAUAAAAUUCGCUAAUUUAAGGUAACAAAAUCUCUUCUUAUUUGUUACCAUUUAAUAUGGAUUCUGUACAAAAACUUUCUGUUUCUUGAUGAUAUAUUUCAGAGAUUUUGCCUUAAUGGUAAUUGAAAAAAAAAAAGAACAGAGAAGAAGUAUCCUUUUUUUUUUUUUUGAAAAAUCUCAUCAGUGAUUCUGAUUUUGUAUCGAAAAGGAUUCCGGCGACGGCAGGAUUAGAUUGUGCUCAUAUAUCAAACGAUGUCCGGAGAAUCUCCUUUAAGACAUCCCAGAAUCAGCCACGUGUCAAACUCCGGCAGCGAUUUCGGAAGCAAGGAAGAUUACACCAGUUACAUCGUCCAGGUCCCUCCGACGCCGGACAACAACCCGGCGUCUCUUUCAAUCGUUCUCCGUGACAUCGAUCCAAAUCCGGCGACGGUUCCGACCGCUCCGGGAGACACCGAUUCCGGUUCAUCUUGCAAAGACGACGAACCGGAUCAAACCGAUCUGAGAAACAGUGAAGAAGAAGAAGAAGAAGAUGAAGAAGAAGAGGAUACCUUGCUUUACAAGAUAUCGCAUCCUUUAACUCGUAUCGUUAAAAUCUCUCCGCUCAUCAUCGCUCUUUAUCGGACUCUAAUAGUUGUUCGAGUUGUAUCUCUUGGUCUGUUUCUCACCUGGAGAAUCAGAAACCCAAACAACAAAGCAAUAUGGUUAUGGUUACUCUCUGUAAUCUGCGAAAUCUGGUUUGCUUUCUCUUGGUUACUCGACCAAAUACCUAAGUUGUUCCCUGUGAACCACGGAACCGAUAUCGAAGCCUUAAAGGAGACAUUCGAACCGUCAUCAGAGCCCGAUAAACCGACCGAGAAAUCGGAUCUUCCGGGUAUUGAUGUGUUUGUCUCAACGGCUGAUGCAGAGAAAGAGCCUCCACUAGUUACAGCCAACACAAUCCUAUCCAUUUUAUCCGUUGACUAUCCUGUUCAGAAGCUCUCUUGUUAUCUCUCAGAUGAUGGAGGAUCGCUUCUUACCUUUGAAGCAAUGGCUGAAGCGGCUAGCUUUGCGAAAACAUGGGUGCCGUUUUGUAGGAAACAUAACAUCGAGCCGAGGAAUCCGGAGAGUUACUUUGGUUUGAAGAGGGAUCCUUAUAAGGGAAUGGUGAGGCAUGAUUUUGUUAGAGAUCGACGGUACGUUAAACGAGGCUACGAGGAGUUUAAGGUUCGGGUUAACGCGCUGUCUCAUUCCAUUAGAAGGAGAUCGGAUGCGUUUAAUAGCAAAGAAGAGAUUAAAGCUUUAGAGAAAUGGAAGCAUUGGAAGAUUAGAGUUGAAGAGGACCAAUUCAAGGAGCCAAGGCCUGCUUUAGUAGCUCCUAAAGCUACUUGGAUGAGCGAUGGAACUCACUGGCCAGGUACUUGGGCUGUCCCUUGUCCGCACCAUUCCAGAGGUGAUCACGCUAGUGUCAUACAGGUAUUACUUGAUCCUCCAGGAGACAAAACAGUUAUGGGGAGAGGUGGUGAAGGGCGCACACUUGAUUUUGAAGGGAUAGACAUUCGUUUGCCGAUGCUUGUUUACGUGAGCCGCGAGAAACGACCUGGCUAUGACCAUAACAAGAAGGCAGGAGCUAUGAAUGCUUUGGUACGAGCCUCGGCUAUAAUGUCUAAUGGACCGUUCAUCUUGAACUUGGACUGUGACCAUUAUGUCUACAACUCUAAAGCAUUUAGAAAUGGGAUCUGUUUCAUGAUGGACCAUGAUGGUGACCGCGUUUGCUAUGUUCAGUUUCCGCAGAGGUUUGAAGGAAUCGAUCCUUCUGACCGCUAUGCUAACAAAAAUACUGUUUUCUUUGACAUUAAUCUACGGGCUCUCGAUGGGAUCCAAGGUCCAAUGUAUGUUGGGACAGGAUGCCUCUUCCGUCGAACAGCGCUUUACGGUUUUGACCCGCCUGAUGUUUUUGUGGCGUACGAAGAACCAUCUGGUUGUUACGACUGCUGUUUCCCGCGGAUCAAGAAACGCAGGCCCGCAACCGUAGCUUCUGAACCAGAGCACUACAUUGACGUCGAGGACGAAGAUCAGAGUUUGAUUCCAAAGCAAUUCGGUAGCUCGAGUAUGCUCGUGAGUUCAGUUAAGGUCGCGGAGUUUCAAGGUAGGCCACUAGCUUCGGUUCACUCGAGCAGACGCGGGCGUCCUCCUGGUUCUUUAACCGGAAGCCGUGAACCGCUUGAUGUUGCGAUGGUAAACGAGGCGGUUAACGUGAUCUCUUGUUGGUACGAGGACAAAACAGAAUGGGGAAUCAAUGUCGGAUGGAUCUACGGAUCAGUAACCGAAGAUGUGGUGACAGGUUUUCGAAUGCACGAAAAAGGAUGGAGAUCAUUCUAUUGUGUAACGGAGCCAGACGCAUUCCGCGGAACCGCACCUAUAAACCUAACUGACCGGCUCCACCAGGUUCUCCGUUGGGCCACUGGUUCAGUCGAGAUCUUCUUCUCCCGAAACAACGCUAUCUUCGCGGGUCGAAAACUCAAAUUUUUCCAGAGAAUAUCUUACCUCAACGUUGGAAUAUACCCAUUCACAAGCAUUUUCAUCUUAACCUAUUGCUUCCUCCCGCCGUUAUCUCUCUUCUCUGGUCACUUCGUUGUUGAAACAUUCACCGGAUCAUUCCUCGUUUAUCUUUUGAUAAUCACAUUGUCUCUCUGUGGAUUAGCUGUUCUUGAAGUCAAGUGGUCAGGUAUCUCUUUAGAAGAAUGGUGGAGAAACGAACAGUUCUGGUUAAUAGGCGGCACUAGCGCACAUUUAGUCGCGGUGCUUCAAGGUAUACUCAAAGUCAUAGCCGGAAUCGAAAUCUCAUUCACCUUGACUUCAAAAUCUUCAACAGGAGGAGAUGAAGAAGAGGAUGAUUUCGCUGAUCUUUAUCUCUUUAAAUGGACUGCUCUGAUGAUUCUUCCUUUGACUAUCAUAAUCUUGAACAUCGUAGCGAUACUUUUCGCGGUUUGUAGGACUGUUUUCAGUGAGAGACCACAGUGGAGUAAUCUUCUUGGUGGGACUUUCUUUGCUGCUUGGGUGUUGCUUCAUAUGUAUCCGUUUGCGAAAGGUUUGAUGGGAAGAGGAGGAAGAACACCGACAAUUGUGUAUGUUUGGUCAGGACUUAUCGCUAUUUGCUUGUCUCUUCUCUAUAUUACUAUCAAGAAUUCGGACAUUGAUGGAGGAUGGUUUCUGGUGACUUAGAUGCAUCCCCAUAGAUAGGAGAAUGUAAAUAUAUGUUAUAGUGCUGCCGGUUGGGAACUGAAAACAGCAGAGUGGUGAUAUAAGUCACACAGCAUACAUUUAUUUUUUAAAACAGAUCAUUCCAUUGUGGUUUCUUUUAUGUUGGUUUUGGAUGGUUUAAUCCUUUAAGAUUGUCU